UUUGGGUACUCCGACCGCCAAUAGCACAUAUUGAGUCACAUAACAGGGUUGAUUCAUUUCAGGGCAUUCAUCAUUGGGACAGUGGUGUGGCUAAUCAACAUAUUCGUCCGUUUCGCGACUUUUUAGCGCUGGAUGUGUAUGUUGGUGAUGGGCCGGAAACCUGAGGCCGUAGAAAUGUGCAAUGAAAUAACUUGACAGCAAUAAGAACAAGUGAACUAUUUCAUCAGGGAAAAUGGCAGAUGCUGUUUGUCCAUUUGUGUACUGGUCACAGACAAAAUCAACAAUCCACCUGAAGAUUGAUUUGAGAGAUGUGGAGGACCCUGACAUUGAUUUGCUGCCUGAGCAGCUAUCUUUUGAAGCAAAAGCCCUCGGUAAUUCAGGGAGUCAGCUGUAUGCCUUCAAACUGAAUUGGUAUCAACUGGUGAAUCCAGAUGAGACCAAGUACCACCUGUCGGACCGCAACGUGCAGAUCACACUGGCCAAGGAGGACGAGGAGUGGUGGCCGCACCUGACCAGAGAGCGGAUCAAGCUGUCCUGGCUGAGGGUGGACUUCGAUAGGUGGCGGUCGGAGAGUGACGACGAAGCCGAGGGCCGGGACGUGAUGGCCGACUACCCGGACGUGUACGACCGCCUGGUGCGGGACGAGGCGGGCGGCCCGCAGAGCAGACUGGAGAACUUCCGUGAGAGCUACUUGAUGAUGUACAACUUGUGGCAGCUGCUGGGCUUUACCGUUAUCCUGGGCAAGCUGGGAUUCCGAUACUACCUGGAAGGACAAGACUCGCUGACCAGGGCAUAUGACACGGCCGGCCUGAACAUGAAGCUGGCGCAGGGUCUGCAGGUGCUUGAGAUCCUGCACCCGCUGCUGGGCAUGACGCGCGGCGGUGUACUGGAGCCGCUCAUGCAGGUGUCCGGCCGCAACCUGAUGCUGUUUAUCGUGCUGGAGGGGGAGCAGAGGUUGCAGACUAAACCGGCCGUCUUCUACCUGUUCGUGGUGUGGAGCCUGGUGGAGCUGGUCAGGUACCCGUACUACACACUGCGGCUGGUGCGCCGCGAGCUGUCCGUGCUCACCUGGCUCCGGUACACCAUCUGGAUCCCGCUCUACCCGCUCGGCUUCAUCACCGAGGGCGUGCUGUACCUCAGAUCUCUGCCAUAUUUUGAGGAGACUGGGAAGUUUUCGGUGUCGAUGCCCAAUGCAUUGAACUUCGCAUUCCACUUUCCAACUUUCAUAAAGUGCUUCCUCUUCAUUGCUUUCCUACCAGGGAUGUUCGUGGUCAUGCGGCACAUGUAUCGGCAGCGCAGGAAGGUAAUUGGGCCGAAGCCUGCGAGCAAGGCCAAGGUGCAGUAGGCGUGCCGGUCUGUCAGGCUCUCCGCCGCCGGCCAGCGCAUCGGAGCGGGCCGAACCGGCGCCGGCGCUGGACCCGGCCCUGC